GUAUUUUGAACCCUCUAUGCUCGAUCAUCCACUCUUUGGCCAAUCCAACUGCUUUCAAUUAUUCCAUUCAGCCUCUUCGAGUCAGAUUCCGACGUCUUGAUUCGUCCCUCUUCAUCCUCAAACACCCGUUAAUAAACCCACAACCAUCAUAAUGCCGAUGCCCGGUGUCCGUUGCCCGAGCUGCCAAACCGGUGGCAAAGAAAUUUGGGUGAUCCCAGGGAAGAACUGCCAUGUUUGCGGGACGGCAUGUUGAAACGACCGUAUUAGUCAGUUUUCAAGCAGCCUCACAUUUAUCUGAGGACAUUGAUUACGAUCUGGGAAUUUCAAAAACGAAGAUCACCCGCUUCACGACACGCCAUAUAUACGCAUCUCGGCUUCUUCUCGACUGUUUCUUUUCUGUUCUGCAAAUGAAAGGCGCACAUGGCUCCGGAAAAAGGGAAUGGAUUGGGAAAAACAGGCUUGCAGGCGCUGGUGGUUCUUUGCACUCCGGAAAGACGAGAGGUCCCUUCCCUCUGGCCGGUCCCGAGGUUGGAACACUUCCUCGAUCAGGAAGAACAAGAGGAUACAGAAGGUUCCAACAAGGGGCCCCAAGGAUGAAGAUGAUAAUGGCGACCGAUGAGAAACAUCGGUUCUGUAGUAAUAGACACUCUAAGAGUGAUAGUAAUAGUCGAAUACGGCAAUUAAUCGAAGGCCAAUCUUGAGGCUCUGUGUAGGUCUUCCUAAUCGGGAAGGCACGUGCUCUGCUACUCACCUACCUAAGCCCAACGCGACUCUUGAUCUACGUUCUAAACAGAUCUCCCACCCCUCCCAGUUCUCCAUCAAAUCCAUCUGUUCUCUACUCUGGAUCCUGCCAAUAUUUUCAAAAUUUAGCCUGUGAUUGGCUAAUAACAUAUUUACACAUUUACU